CACGAAAACUUGACGAAAUGUAGUGUUUGCUAAAUUACUAAAUUAUAAAAUACGAAUUUAUUGAAUUUCUCUGAUUAAGUUUGAAAAUGGCUUCACACCUAUACGCUUUAAAAAUGGAGGAAAAUGGAUCUCGUUUGAGAAAGCUUUUAAUAGAUAAAGGAACACAAGCCUUCAGAGAAACAUUGCAAUCUCUUAUAAAACCAUCAAAUUUAGCUGCUAAACUUAAUAAUCCUUUUACCAUUACUAAAUUGCAAACACUAAAAACGUUGAAAAUCAUCUCUGAAGAGAAUUGGGAUCUUCUUUACCCAGCAUUUAGUUUUCCGGACGUUGAAAACUUUUCUAUCACAUUAUUGUUUACCUUAUUACAAAACAUAUGUGGUCUGAAUCAACCAGCUAAUGGAUGGUAUGGUCUUCCUCCCCCUUCAGAUUCUUCAAUCUCAUCAAAUAUUGCAAGAAUAAGGUAUUACAGAAACAAAGUGAUGGGUCACAUAAUUACAACUAGUCUUGAUGACAGCAAGUUUGAACAUAUGUGGCAAGAAAUAUCAGAAGCAUUGGUUGGUCUGGGUAUUCAAAAAAUUGAAAUCAUUGAAUUAAAGUAUGCUCCACUCACUACUCAUGAGGCCUAUUACAGAGGAAUGUUGAAAGACUUGCAAACAAAACCUGAACUGGAUCUGCCAGAAUGGCAGUUACAAGAGUUGGAAUAUGUUGGUCAUUCAGUUCAGCAUAGAAGUCUGUUGUCAAAAUUGUGUUAUCCCGUAGCCGACCUUAAACAUGUGGGCAAUGUUCGUGUAAUUUUCUCGGAGAUGUUUAGUCUCGGCGAAGGAAGUAAUGAAACCCGUGUUUAUCUUGGACUGACAAACGAUGGUUACGGUAAAGCAGUGAAACAAAUGCGUAGAGAUAACUACCUCCAGCCUGUACAGCAUGAAAAGAAAAUUUUAAAUGAAUUCAAUGCAAAAAAGUCGAAUUAUGUUGUGAAUUAUUACUUCUUUGAGAGAGAUACUGGAACAGAUUAUGUUUAUUUAAUUACAGACUUAUGUGAGGAAUCACUGGAGAAGUUUGUGAAAUAUUCUUCUUUAAGUGAUCUUCAAAAAGCUCUUCCAGAUCUUCUUAGAAAUAUUUUGAAUGGAUUAGCUGAUCUUCAUAGUGGCCCAGAUCCUAUUCUUCAUCGGGAUUUGAAGCCUUCCAAUGUUCUCCGUGACGUAUACGGCAAAUUUCUGAUAGCUGACUUUGGCAUUAGUCGAAUGUUGAAGAAUGGAUCUAAAGCAUACAAAAGCAAGUUUAAUAGGGGAACUGAAUAUUGGAUUCCUCCUGAAUCAUAUUGUGAAGACGAAGAAUCAAAUGAAGCACGUAAUGAAGAAUUAAAUGAAGGACGUUACAAAAAAGAGUCUGAUGUAUAUAAUGCAGGAAUGGUGGCUUAUUAUACUGCAAGAAAAGGAAAACAUCCUUUUGGAACUAAACGGCAUAGAUUGAACAACAUGUUGAAUGGAAGCCCUGUUGGCUUGGACGAAAUCAAGGAUGAGACACUGAAAGAUCUUCUAUCUUGGAUGUUAAAUCUAAAACCUGAAGAUCGGCCAUCUGCCAUUGAGGCGUUGAAACACCCAUUUCUUAUGUCGGAUGACGAUAAGUUUGACUUUUUAUGUAAAGUUGGAAACCAACAGCCAAUAAAGACGAGCGACACCGAGUCAAGUGUAGUCAAAAAAUUAAAUAGCAAGUAUUCAAAUUGGAAAAGUUUUAUGGCCACUGAUGUAUAUGAUUUUUUUAGAACAGACAAGGUAAAUGGAAAAAUGUAUGAGUAUGGGCCUUCAUUGACAGAAUGCCUUAGACUAAUUCGAAAUAUUGGCCAACAUUGGUGCGAUGGACCUCUACCUCAACCAGAGCUAUUUUAUAAAUUUGGCAAUCACAAGGCUUUUUUUCUCAAGACAUUCCCCAAUCUCCCUGUUUGGGUUCAUGCUGCUGUGAGGUCAAAUGAAGAAUUUAAAAACAAUGCAGAACUCAAGAACUUUUUUAAUGAAAGCGAACCACGUUAAUGAACAGUUUAAAGAGAAAAGAACCUGUUUGAAGGAAAGACAAUGAACAGUAUUUGUAUGAAUGUAAAUUAAAAACUUUACUUCCAAGUUCGAUACGUUGUAAGAGUGGUGUAGCUAAGCUAGCUUCGAUAAUGGCGAGGGGAGAAAGUCAUACGUACUUUACUAUAAUUUGCAUACAACAAUUGAUUUCAAAGGAUUUUAAUAAGACAGUAUCCACUUCCAGCCGACAAUUUGAUAUGUAAAGUAAAAUAAAUUCCGAAUAUAAUAUGUAUCUUAGCUCGAUAUCUGAGAUGAAAGAGAAGACAAUAAUGUUAUUGAUAAAGUAAAUGCUUUGAACUCUG